AUGGCCACGCCAGUAAAAGAAGCUCCUCUCUCUGGCAUUCGCCACGACAACGUACCAGUCAAGUAUGAUCCGCGUUGGUACCGCACCGCAAGAUUCUGGAAACGUAUCUCAGUGGCUGGAUCGAUUCUCCUCUCGGUGGCUUCGCUCAUCCUCGCCGCAUAUGCGAGUCUAAGACCCGAGAAUAAACAAGUGUUGAGAGCAAUCGCUGUCUCGGGAAUCAUUGUGAACAGCAUAUCUGUCGCGCUAUCUGCGUUGACAAGUCUAGAUUGGAAGUUCGAGUCGACGAAUGAUCGGCAGUUUGCGGAGCAGUUGUGCAAGAUUGUGCAUAUACAUGAAGGGGAUCAGAUUGUCAUUACGAGAAAGGGUCUUGAGAGCAUGGCACCAGGGCCUUAA